CAUGAAGGAGAAAGUAGAACACAUUUUUGAGUGUAAAAAGGAAAAAGAAGCACAUCUCAAGGAUGUUUUCACUGAACUCUUCAUUACGGAGGGGGAUCUUAAAGAAGUCAAACAAGAACAUGAGAUUAUGAAGAUUGAUGAAGCCAUUAAACCCCAUAAAUCACAGAACAGUUCAAUCAAAUGCAAUGAUAUAUUUAGACUGAACAAAAAGAAGAAAAAGAUUGUUCUGACCAAAGGCAUCGCUGGCAUUGGAAAAACGGUCUCAGUGCACAAGUUCAUUCUGGACUGGGCAGAAGAAGAAGCCAAUCAGGAUAUAGACUGUGUUUUCCUGCUUCCAUUCCGAAAGAUUAACUGCAUUAAAGACAGAAAGAUAAGUCUGCAUGAGUUUCUACAGGUAUUUUAUCCAGAACUGAAGAAACUGGAAACAUCAAAGAUAUGUAAGAUAUAUGAACGUAAUCUUGCGUUUAUCUUUGAUGGACUGGAUGAGAGUCGACUGACUUUGGAUUUUGACAGUGGAAUGGUGACGAGUGUUGAGGAGCGAUCAUCUGUAGAUGAACUGUUCACAAGUCUGGUCAAUGGGACUCUGCUUCCAUCAGCUCAUGUCUGGGUGACAUCACGACCUGCAGCAGCCAAUCAGAUCCCUCCUGAGUAUGUAGGGUUGUUCACAGAGGUGCGAGGAUUCACUGACCAGCAGAAGGAGGAGUAUUUCAGAAAGAGAAUCAAAGAUGAGACUCAGGCCUCCAGAAUGAUCUCACACAUUAAGAAAUCUCCUAGUCUCUACAUCAUGUGUUACAUUCCUGUGUUCUGUUGGAUCACAGCCACUGUUCUUCAGGACAUUCCUAUUGAGAAAAAUGCAGAGAACAUCAACACAACACUCACUGAAAUGUACAUCCACUUUCUGCUGAUACAGAUGAACAUGAAGAGCCAGAAGCAUGAGAGAAAAACAGAAAGAGAACGUACCAAGCUCUUAGAUUCCAAUAAAACAAUGAUUUUGAAAUUAGCUAAGCUAGCAUUUGAACAGCUGAAGAAGGAAAACAUUGUUUUCUAUGAGGAAGAUCUGAGAGCUUGUAGUAUUGAUGUGAGUGAAAAAGACUUUGAGUCCACAGGAAUGCUCACUGAGAUCUUUCAGCAAGAAGCUGGACUUCAUGAGAUAAAGGUCUUUUGCUUCGUUCAUCUGAGUUUUCAAGAGUUCCUCGCUGCAGUGCAUGUGUUCCUCUGCUACCUGAACAAGAACAUGGACGAGCUGCACUUUUUCUUUAAAGACAGACGAAGAGAGGUCAGGCCUGACCACAUCGACAAGCCAGACAAAAAUAUUGCUUUACAUGAUUUACUAAAGAAGGCUGUUAGGAAAGCAAUGCAAAGUCAGAAAGGACAUUUAGACCUAUUUUUACGGUUUCUGCUGGGCAUUUCACUGGAAUCCAAUCAGAAACUUCUCAGAGGCCUGUUCACACACACUGAAGACAGCAAAGACAGCAUCACAAAAAUAACCAAACGCAUUAAAGAACAGUUACAAAACUAUGAGGACAUCUCACCUGAAACUUCAGUCAACCUGUUCUACUGCUUACUGGAGCUCAAUGACAAUUCAUUAUAUACAGAAAUACAAAGAUAUAUAAGAUCAUAUGCAGAAAGACACCUCUCGUCUUCCAUGUGCUCAUUGAUGUCUUAUGUACUGCUGAUGUCAGAGGAAGUGCUGGAUGAGUUCGACCUGAUGAUGUACAAUACUGAACUGGGAGGCCGCAGGAAUCUCCUGCCAGCUGUGAGAUGCUGCAGAAGAGCCAUACUCUCUUUAUGUUAUCUCGAUCACACCUGCUGUGAAACUGUGGCUUUGGCCCUGCAGAUACCAAACUCACCCCUGAUAGAGCUGGACAUGAGUCACAAUAACCUGCGUCACUCAGCAAUGAAGCUGCUCUCUGAUGGACUGAAGAGCCCAAACUGUCAGCUAAAGAGAUUGAGAUUGGAAGGCUGUAAUCUCAUGGACCAGUGCUGUGAAACUGUGGCAUCAUUUCUACUAUCAUCAAACUCCCGUCUGAUAGAGUUGGACAUGAGUCUCAAUUACCUGCAGGACUCAGGAGUGAAACUGCUCUCUGAUGGACUGAAGAGCACAAAUUGUCAGCUGGAGAUACUGAGACUAUGGGGCUGUAAGGUGACAGAUAUAGGCUGUGGUUAUCUGGCUUCAGCUCUGCGUUCAAACCCCUCUUACCUGAGAGAGCUGGAUCUGAGCUACAAUAACCUGGGAGGAUCAGGACUCAAGAUGCUCUCUGAUCUACUGAAUGAUCCAAACUGUGCACUGAACAAACUGGAUACUAAACGAUGGUUUUAA